GAUGAAGGGGUACGUCCGCUAAUCAAGCUCGAUAAUGACGUGCCUGCUAAGCGUCAGGCCGCGUGAAAACAUGCUGCUGUUUCCUUCUUCAAAAUGGUGCCGCGGAUCAUCCUCCCUAAUAUCGAAGUGAACCACGAAAAGUGUCUGGAAGUUACAGGCGGUCGCGGGGCCGCUACCCCCACGGCGUACCCUGCCCAGACACUACAAGACACUACAAGACACUACAAGACCAUUUCUGGCACUAGCCUCAAGGACCAACUAAUUGCCCGAGUUUGCAAGAGUAUCGGGGCUUUUUCGUCACUCAAGGUGAUCUACAUUGUUUCUGGUCUUCCCAAAACAAGGAGUGACAAGAUCAUGCGACGCCUUGUCAGGAAGAUUCUCGCUGGUGAGCAGACCUAAGUUGGCGACACGAUCACGGUGUGUUUCAAUGACCAACAAUCUCUAACAUCCACUAACUUUAAGCAACUCAGCUUGUUGGUCCUUCAAUCGUUGCAAGAAUUCCCGAAACUAGAAAGCAAGACCUUAAUUGCUUUCUGUCUUCGUUCCAGAAUAUAGCAUGCCGUUGCGCAUAUGCGGGCAUACCGUCUAUCGUCAGUAAUUCAGUUAAUAUAUUGUAUAUGAGAGCACUUGAGGAUGCUUGAGAUGAAAACAAGUGAUUGUUUGAUUCAAUUUACGUCAUUCCUCA